AUGGACAGAGCUUCAGUCCGGUCAGGCAGUCCCUGUUCGCAGACGACGGACAGCUCGGAUUGGGUCUUGCCUGCGAGUACCUGGUGUGAAGGCGUGAGGGAGGACCUUGUAAGUAACCUAAACCCGCGCGAACGGACACGGCAAGAGUUGCUCUGGGAGAUCGUAGCGAGCGAAGAACGAUAUGUGCUCGAGCUUGAAAAGCUGAAAGAUUCCUUUAUAGACCCGCUCCUGCAUCCCCACUUCGCCUCCUCUCCGCUUUCUCCUCUCGGUUUGCCCGGCGCUCAGCAGACCGAACACGGCGACUACAUCGUUAUGCCCCGAUUCCACCCCACCCAAGCGCGCGUCGAUUCUCCCCGUGAUUCGAUUGACCACAUUCCCAUCGUUUCGCGCUGCAUCUCGUCUCGAUGGUCUGGUACUUCCGGCCAGCGAGACGACACCGACGGCAGGGCCCUCCGUAACAGCAACAGUCACCGGACGCUGGCCAAAGUCGAUGGCGAGAGCCUCGGUUCAGACGUAGAAGACGAGAGCGCGGACCGUAUGGGCAAGCCGUACUCCUACAUCGUCGGUCGCAUUCGGAGCGCGGCAAGCACACCAUCUGGUGUCGGGUCCGGGGCAGGGGCACAAAUCGGCAAACUCAAUCAUCCACGCUCGUCGCAUGGGACAACCGCAACUCGGUCGUCGACCUCAACCCGCGGCAGCAGGGACGCGUCGCCCUUUCCCUUGCGCUCGCAUCACUCGCUGCCCCCACCAGCCUGCGCGUACGACCUGCGCGGGUCGACGCAAUCACUCGGCCGGCGGUCGUUUGUCGACGAGCCCGCCUCGCCGCCCCCACCGCCACUAGAGCGCAACAUAUCCGCGAGCACGACGAAUACGUCGGCGUCGAAGGUGUUUCGCAAGUUCAAGCGAAGCAACGCGAGGGGACUGCCUGAGGUGGCGGACUUGCCGCCCGGGCAGCUGCCGGAAGACCUGCGGAAGUGCCUUGAGGUGAUCGAGGCUGCGAUUUAUGAUGGACACGAGAUUUUGAGCAAGAGCUUGAGGGCGCGGUAUGAAGAUCAAUAUCCGCUCGUGCGAUCGUUGGCGGACGUGUUCGAUGCACAUUUGCAUGUAUUGCACAGGUACGCGACGUAUGUUUUGCACCUGGAGCGCGCCCUCGAACAGGUCGACGACGCGCUUUUCACUGCGGCCGCCUCCAAAAAGUCUCAUAAGCAGAACACGGAUGAGUGGCUGCGCAUGUGCGGCCUGCUGCAGGAGCUUGAGCUCACCGCGGCAGCUAAGGGAGAGACCGGGCUCGCGAUUUCCCUGUCCAAGCCGUUCCAGCGGCUGUUCGAUUACCCUCACCUAUUCCAGAAUCUGCUCUUCCAUACGGACCCGUCCACGUUCGAGUACGAGAGAACGCUGCAAAUGGUGGCCGAAGUGGAGGCGAUCGUGCGGAGCAUAGAGGACGAGAAGGUCCAGAAGGAGGAGCAGGACAAGACGCACGACGUGUGGGCGCGGAUCGAGGGAGUCGAAAAGGUGAAGGAGCUCGCGCUGCCGAAGCCGAGCCGAUUGCUUGUCGAGGAGCGCCAGAUCUUGGGCACCGGGGCGGCCCCUACUUUCUCGUCGUGGCCGGUCUCGAACGGGAAGAUCAAGGGAAAGAAGUCGUUUAAGAAUGUCCUGCAAGGCGGUGGAUUCAGCCCGGUGAGGGGAAAUAAGGACGUGUGGUUGGUGGUGUUCAACGACGUGGUACUGAGGUGUCAAAGGACAGGCACAACGAGCUUGCCGAUCACUGCGACGGUGAAUCCAAGGACGAAUUCGGUUGCCGAGCUGCGUGGCAAGACAAAGUAUGCGACUACGGGGAGAAGGCGUUUGCAAGCGAAGCCGAGAAACCUCUACAGUUUUUUGAAUAUAGAAACGUGGUCAAUCGAAGACGUAGUCCAGCCACAAGGCGUCGUCGCGAUGGAAGACUUCGCCCGCUUUUCAAAUAGCGUACUGCAUACUCCCAGAGAUCCCUUCUUGAGGACGUUGGCGAUGAAUGGUAUGGGCGAACGAAGUCCUUAUGAAUAUGCGCUUGAUAUUCAUGACGCCGACGACGACGAGACCAUCGGUAUCACAAGCGAGGAAUCUUGGACAUUGGAGAAGCACUUCCCUCCGCAUAGGGGCGUAGCAUAUGUUGUUGAGACGCAACCAAGCUCAGAGGACAAAGUAAUAAACAACUCAUCCGAAGCAGACACACCCAAGAUGACUCUAACCAUCUCGCGUCGAGAUGCUCUGUGCCUCAUUGACCACGUACAGAACGAACUCGCAACUUCGGUUGCUGUAAACGGCAAAGACUUGGUUUUGCGCAAGACCCUUAUCAAGCUCCUCGUCCGGUUGACGCACAAGUUCAACUGGAUUCCGUCCAGUCUUCUGGUCCAUGAUGUGAACGAUGUGUCCCCAGAGCCCGUCUACGCAGGAGGUUUCGCAGACAUUUUCAAAGCCACGCAUCGAGGGAAGGAGGUAGCGCUGAAACGCUUCAGAGAGUUUCUCCCGGGACAUGACUCUACCGCGUUGGACAAGCGUUUCCAUCGCGAGAUUUUCGUGAACAUCCUCGUCAAUGACCGUGACGAAGCUGUGUUGGCGGACUUCGGCCUAGCCAGUCUGUCUGCUGGUAUGGCGAACACCAUCAGCAUCGCUGACGGCUCAGCCAGGUGGAACGCACCUGAGCUCUUGAUAGGUGACCGCGUCGUUCGCUCGCUUGAGAGCGACGUGUACUCCUUCGGAUGUGUAUGUCUUGAGGCAUACACAGGACAAGCGCCCUUUGCGGAAGUUGCAAACGGAUUCGCGGUCCUGCCCUCGAGCAAGACCGAGCGCUCAGGAGCUGUCCUCCCGGCUCGGUCAGAUCUGCUCGCACGGGUGCUCGCGUUCAGUCACGACGUUUUGAAGGCUUGGGGCGCCUCAUCCGAGUCCGCACAACUCUCUUCCUGA